AGGGGUUUGGGUUUCCAGUCGGAACCGUGAAGGUGAGGGACCGGUCGGUGGACAGAAUUUGGGAGCGGAACCAAAGCCAGGAGCAGGUGAGAAGAAUUUGCUGGAACAGCUUAGCAGACCUGGCAGUAUCUGUGGAGAGAAAUCAAAGUUAACAUUUCGGGUCUAGGGACCAUUCCUCUGAAAUUUUGGAUGGAAGCUAAAAUGCUGGAAAUGCCAAGGCCAGGAUGCCUAAACUUCAUGGGUUUGAUUUCUGGAAGACAACACUGAACAGUGCUCGAUAUGUGGUUGCUCCAAUGGUGGAUCAGAGUGAGCUUGCAUGGAGGUUACUCAGUCGUCGACAUGGUGCCCAACUCUGUUACACUCCCAUGCUUCAUGCCCAGGUGUUUGUCCGGGAUGCAAACUACAGAAAGGAGAAUUUGUAUAAUGAAGUGAAUGCAGAGGAUCGACCAUUAGUUGUUCAGUUCUGUGCAAAUGAUCCAGAAGUGUUUGUCCAAGCCUGUCUGCUGGCUCAGGAUUACUGCAAUGCCAUCGAUUUGAACUUGGGUUGUCCACAGAUGAUUGCAAAACGAGGGCACUAUGGAGCAUUUCUGCAGGAAGAAUGGGACUUAUUACACAAAAUGCUUUCUGAGGCACAUAAGAGAAUCUCUGUUCCUAUCACAUGCAAAAUCCGGGUUUUCCCAGAAAUCAGUAAAACUGUGCAGUAUGCAAAGAUGUUGGAGAAAGCAGGUUGCCAGCUAUUAACUGUUCAUGGUCGUACCAAGGAACAAAAGGGACCUCUGACAGGUGUAGCAGACUGGGAACACAUAAAAGCUGUGAGGAAAGAAGUUAACAUCCCUGUUUUUGCAAAUGGCAACAUCCAGUACCUGAGCGAUGUAGAACGAUGCAUUCAGGAAACGGACGUACAAGGCGUAAUGAGUGCAGAGGGCAAUCUUCAUAAUCCAGCUCUUUUUGAAGGCCGCAAACCACCUGUAUGGGAGAUGGCAGAAGAGUAUUUGGAGAUUGUCAACCAAUAUCCUUGUCCACUUUCAUUUAUUAGAGCUCAUCUCUUCAAACUGUGGCAUCACACGUUGCAGGUGUACCAUGAAUUAAGGGAGGAGUUGGCAAAGGUGAAGACACUGGAAGCCAUUGUAGAGGUCAACAAAGAACUUAAGCGGAAGUGUCUGGCUGAAAUAUCUAAUUGGAAGGAAGAAGAGGCACAAGAAAACAAAUUGCCUCUCCCUCACUGGAUUUGUCAACCGUAUGUCCGACCAGGACCCAAGGAUGUCAAUUCUGUCAAUGGAGAAAAGCAUGUACGUGGGAAAUCUUGUGGGAAAAGAUCUCUGGAAGAGGAGGAUGGGAAUCUUGAAUUACUUUCAAAGAAUAAACAGAAAAAGAAAGCCCGAAACCCAAACAAAAGUUUUGAUACCUCAGUGAAACCUAAAUAUGUGAAAUGUGAACAAUGUGGAAACCCAAAGGGGACUAAAUGCAUCUUCAACUUAUGCCGUGGGUGCUGCAAGAAGAAAGCUUUCAAAGAGCUGGCUGAUUGCACAGGCCAUGGAUUACUUUUCAAAACUAAACACGAAAAGAGAUUGAAAUGGAAAUUAUUGGAAGAAGGAAUUCUGGAAAACGGAGACAAAAUUCACGAACAUUUGGAUCCAUGAAGAAAUCACUCUCAACAAACUGAUUGGGUAUCCAUGGUGUCACACAUGCACGCACACACACGUAUACAUGCACACACAUUUGUACAUGUAUACACAAACUCACAUACAGACAUAUUCAAAUAUGGGUAUUUAUGCACAGGGCUCAAGGUGACGUUUCUUUGAUUAAGUGUUACUUAUUUUUUGAAUUCCACUUAAAAGUAUUCCAAUCAAUUGGCAACAUUUUGCUUGUUCUGAUUACAGCCCAGUAUUUUCAUGUCCAAAUUGCCUUAUUUUGGCACCUUGGUUGCCCAUCCUGAUUUUAUGAUUUAUAUUGUAGUCAACAUCGACAUUUAUCCGUGACAUUAGAAUCACAAACAAAAAUAUGCUUUCCAUGACAAUAUUAAAUGUCCUGUCUCUAUGAAUACAGAAGGUACACCAUUCAGUCAGUAUUUGGUAAGGAGCAAAAAAAAUGAUAAAAGGGAAAAGGUAAUUACAGAUGCAAGUAGCACUAAUCUGGUAAAAGUUCUAAAUUUCUCCCAGAUCCUAUUGCCUAAUAGAUUUCGCCUGAUUAUCUUUAAUGUUUCGCAGCAAGAAAAGAAGAAUUUUAAAACAUUUAUUUUAUAAACAACGUUCUCCACAAAAUAAUUGUAAGACAAAAUAGUCCCACAAACAUUUUUUUUAAAUGUAGUCAAUUCUAAUAAUCUCUUAUUUUUGGACUUGGAGCUUCAAUUCUACAGAGUUGUAAGUUCUUACACUGUGUGACACAUGCACUGCUUUUAGAAAUUUUGUUAAUCUCUACUGUACUGAGUACAUGAGAUUGUGUACACGAAAUUUACUGACCCAUGAAAAAGUUACUUAGGAACCUUAUCAAAAUUACUUAAUGGAAGUGUGAAUGUUUGAAUCCUGUAGUUUUUUUCUUUACCUUUGCACGUGGGAGGUGUGAUACAGAGAUGAUUUUUUGAAUUGCCUUUGUCACGAUAACGGACAGAUGUUUCUCAACAGUCUGCUAAAUUUUAUCAGUGAAUUUAUAGGACCAAAUUCAUUCCCUUGAAAUUUGUGGUAGCUUCAAUAUGCAUCAAAGAAAUGCACGUGUCUUUUAAAACUAAGUAUGCAGCAUUAAAUUAUUCUGAAUUCAUUUGCUAUUACAGUAAUUAGAGUAAUCUGUAAAGCAUAUGCAAUCCUUUCAAAUAAAGUAAACUUAAAUGUAUUUGAUAGAUGACAGUUGAGUGAAUUCUAGUGGUAACAAUUUGUAUUGCUGAAGAAAAUUAACAUUUCAGCUUGCGUUUUAAGAAUGUCUCCUUGCUAUAUUCUGAUUUUUACUUUAAUCAUAGCUGAUUCACAAGUGAAUAACUUUGUUGGUCAUAGCAUAAAAGUGAGACAAUACUUCCCUGUGCUGGAACUAACAUCUGCUUAACUGAAAUUUAAUGCCCGCUGAUUAGCUCAUUUUAUCCAGUUGCCUCUCAAGUUUAAAGCACAGUAUUAGUGUUGGGGAAAGAUAAAGCAAUCAUGUAGGUUCAUUGCAUUGGUACUAAUACAGGUACUCUGAUCACUAGCUGUAACUCUCAAUGGCCUGCAGUGGUUUGUUCCUUACUGUUAAAAUAAUAACCAGCAGUAUAGAAAUUCAUAAUGAUCUAAAUACAAGCAACAUGCUCUCUAAUUCUUAAAGGAUGAAAUUGACCAAUGACAGUCAUACAAAAUUGACAAAGUGAAUUAGAAAAUAAAAUUGAGCAACCAAUUUGCUUUCAUUCAUUUUGCAUUAUUCCUAUUGAUCACUUGUCACUGAACUCCACCCCCUCAAGAUACCAAAACGCCACACUCCCCACUAAAUUAUUCAUUAAGUGACCUUGCCCUUUGUGGUUAGAUGGAUGCAUUGAGCAUCAGGACUUUGAGGGAAAUUGAGGGAUCUUAAUAAAACUGCAUCUGAGUUAUUUUAAAUAUAGCCAUUUGCUAACAGCUGACAUAAGGAAACCUAAAUCUGGUUUCCUGAUUUAAGGCAUUUCUGAAACUAGCUUUUAAAUAGUAUUUUCUGUGAAAGACUUGAGGAAACAUCUUGUCAGAAUAACAACUGUUGAAUGGCACAUUUAUAAUUUUGGUGACUUAAUAUUUUCCUUGGAAAUAUUUAAUAAAGCUUCAAUUUUGUGUAUA